AUGUAUAAUUCUUGGUUUGAAAUUAUUCGAACGAUCUCCCCAUAUAACUGGGCAAUGCUUGGUAUAGCCUUGUCCUUAUUUCUUUCAAUUAUUGGCGCAGCAUGGGGAAUAUUCAUUUGUGGUACGAGUAUUGUGGGUGCGUCGGUUAAGUCCCCCCGUAUAAUUUCCAAAAAUUUAAUAUCGAUUAUUUUUUGUGAAGCAUUAGGAAUGUACGGGGUAAUAACAGCAGUGUUUUUACAAAUAAAAUUUAGCGGUUUAAAUAAGGAAAUUCAUGCCCCAUUGGUGUUAACAGCUAAAACAGAUGCAUUGAUUAUGAAUACCAUAAGAGGGGGAUGGGCGUUAUUCGCAAGUGGCCUUACCGCAGGACUGUCCAAUCUCGUUUCAGGAGUUUCUGUUGGUAUUACUGGCAGUUCGUGUGCACUUGGAGACGCACACAAUUCAGAUCUCUUUGUCCGGAUGUUAAUGAUUGAAAUAUGCGCCAGUGUUAUAGGAUUAUACGGUUUAAUAGUAGCUAUUGUGUCCAUUGGUGAUAUUCAGCUAACUUGA